UUCCUGUUGUAGUUGUUGUUUUUUUUUUUUUUUUUUUUUUUCUGCUCACGGUUCUUCCCGUCGGAUUCUUGGUCUCUCGGUUGGAAUCGUGAGUACUGGCCAUCGCGGAUUUGGUUUCUCAUAUCGGCGGAGCUAAGCAUGGCGACGGCAUCAGUGGCAUUUAAAUCUCGGGAGGACCAUAGGAAGCAGAUUGAAUUGGAAGAAGCACGGAAAGCUGGGCUUGCACCAGCUGAGCUUGAUGAGGAUGGGAAAGAAAUUAAUCCUCACAUUCCUCAGUAUAUGUCGUCUGCACCUUGGUAUCUUAAUGCUGAGAGGCCUAGCUUGAAACAUCAAAGGAAAUGGAAAUCAGAUCCCAAUUACACAAAAUCAUGGUAUGAUAGAGGUGCAAAAAUUUUUCAGGCUGAAAAAUACCGAAAAGGUGCAUGUGAGAACUGUGGGGCUAUGACACACAAUUCAAAGUCAUGCAUGGAGAGGCCCCGUAAAAAGGGAGCAAAGUGGACCAACACGCACAUUGCCCCUGAUGAAAAGAUUGAGUCCUUUGAGCUUGACUAUGAUGGUAAGCGAGAUAGGUGGAAUGGAUACGAUGCGUCAACCUAUGCCCGGGUCAUCGAGCGAUAUGAAGCAAGAGAUGAAGCUAGAAAGAAGUACCUGAAAGAUCAGCAGCUUCGGAAAUUAGAAGAGAAAGACAGUAAAGGAGAUGGUGAGAAUGGGGUUAGUGAUGUGGAUGAUGAUGAAGAUGAUUUGAGGGUAGAUGAAGCCAAAGUUGAUGAGAGCAAACAAAUGGAUUUCGCAAAGGUUGAGAAGCGUGUUCGCACAACAGGUGGUGGAAGCACAGGAACUGUUAGGAAUUUGCGUAUUCGAGAGGACACGGCUAAAUAUCUUUUAAAUCUUGAUGUCAAUUCUGCUCAUUAUGAUCCCAAAACACGGUCCAUGCGUGAGGAUCCUCUUCCAGAUGCAGAUCCAAAUGAGAAAUUUUAUGAAGGAGAUAACCAAUACAGAAAUAGUGGUCAAGCGGUGGAGUUCAAGCAACUCAACAUCCAUUCUUUGGAAGCAUUUGAGAAGGGACAAGAUAUUCACAUGCAAGCAGCUCCGUCUCAAGCUGAGUUGCUAUAUAAGAAUUAUACAGUCAUAAAGGAGAAAUUGAAACACCGAACAAAAGACACUAUCAUGGAAAAGUAUGGAAAUGCAGCUAAUGAAGAAGAAAUUCCACGUGAGCUUCUACUCGGGCAGACUGAAAAGGAAGUUGAAUAUGAUCGUGCUGGCAGAAUCAUAAGAGGACAGGAAGCAGCACUUCCUAAAACCAAGUAUGAAGAAGAUGUCCAUAUUAAUAAUCACUCAAGCGUUUGGGGCUCAUGGUGGAAGGAUCAUCAGUGGGGUUACAAGUGCUGCAAGCAGACUGUUCGGAACAGCUACUGCACAGGUGCUGCUGGAAUUGAGGCGGCUGAAGCUGCAACUGAUCUCAUGAAGGCUAAUAUUGCUCGCAGGGAGGCCACUGAAGACUUGCCUGCACCAGUGGAAGAGAAAAGACUAGCCUCUUGGGGAACUGAUGUGCCAGAAUAUCUGGUUUUGGAUGAGAAAUUAUUAGCCGAGGCACUAAAAAGGGAGGAUAAUAGAAAGAGGGAAGAGAGAGAUGAGAGAAAACGCAAGCACAAUGUCAGGUGGAAUGAUGAGGUUACACAUGAAGAUAUGGAGGCAUAUAGGAUGAAGAAGGUGCAUCAUGAUGAUCCAAUGAAAGACUUCCUCCACUAAAAGUUGUGUUGCGAUCUUUCUUGACUAAGUUUAGCUGUUGUGCCAGGAGUGGCUCCGGUCCUCCGGAUCUCUUAUAUAAUUUGUAGAGCUUUGUAGAAAAUCUACUGUGAGUUGGAACAAUUAGUGCUUGUUCUGUUCCAGACUAUUGCUAAUGCUAGCUUUGGUUUGACAAGGAGAUCAAGUACAGUUAGUUGUUUUUUUGAUACAAGGGAUGAGGAAGGGGGCAGGACUCCAACCCGCACCCUAGUGGGUGGGCUGUCUUUUACAUGCAAAGUUCUUGCCAUUAAAUCAAUGACUCACUUGUAGUACAGUUAGUUGUUAAUGAAAUUGCUUAUUGUAAUAAAUUUGGAAGGACUUAGACCA